CUGCUGACCGCCUGUGCAGAAAUCUUUGCCGUUUAAAGCUACCCAGCCUCUCGUGCCACAACGAACCCAAAUGUUGAUACGGGCUCUGACCUGCAGAGCGGUGCAUGGGAGAAUGGUAGCGCGACCGUAAGAUCAUGCUCUACACAAUGACAUGUUGGCUUCCAGUCCUGGGCCUCCAUUUGAUUCUCCUAAGCACAGCCCGGGUGGCCGCCUGCCCAGCACGCUGUGAGUGUGCCCCUCAGAUCAAGUCCGUGGCGUGUCAUCGCAAGCGUCUUACCUCCAUCCCUGAGGGGAUCCCCACCGAGACUAAGAUCCUGGAGCUCAACAAGAACCGGAUCCGCUGCCUGAACCCCGGGGACCUGUCCCCUUACCCUUUGCUGGAGGAGCUCGAUUUCAGUGAGAACAUCAUCACCAAUGUGGAGCCAGGAGCCUUCAGCAACCUCUUCAACCUACAGACCUUGCGGCUGCGAGGCAACCAGCUCAAGCUGAUCCCGCCUGGGGUCUUCACCAAGCUGGCCAACCUCACCCUCUUGGAUAUCAGUGAAAACAAAAUCGUCAUCCUGCUGGACUACAUGUUUCAAGACCUGAGGAACCUGAAGAACCUGGAGGUGGGAGACAAUGACUUGGUGUACAUCUCCCAAAGGGCUUUCUCUGGCCUACUGGGACUGGAGCAGCUGACCAUAGAGAAAUGUAACCUGACAGCCAUCUCUGCAGAAUCCCUCUCCUACCUCCAAAACCUGGAGGUCCUUCGGCUCCGACACCUCAGCAUUGCUUCGCUGGAGGACCAGAACUUCAAGAAGCUCUACAAUCUUUUGCGGCUGGAGAUUGACAACUGGCCACUACUGGAGGACAUCUCACCCACCAGCUUCCAAGGACUGAAUCUCACAUCUCUGUCCAUCACGUACACCAACAUCACGGCCGUGCCCACAGCUGCGUUGAGGAACCUUGUGUACCUCAGGUACCUGAACUUGUCGUACAACCCCAUCAGCACGGUGCUGAAGGGCUCCUUCAAGGACCUAAUUAGGCUUCAAGAGCUUCACAUGGUGGGCGCUCUCUUGGUCUUGGUGGAGCCUCAAGCGUUCUCUGGCUUGAGGCAAAUCCGCCUCCUCAACCUCUCCAACAACUUCCUCACAACCCUGGAGGAGAGCACCUUCCACUCUGUGAACACCCUGGAGACUCUGCGUGUGGACAGGAACCCACUGGCCUGCGAUUGCCGCCUCCUCUGGAUACUACAGCGCCGAAAGACACUCAACUUCGAUGGGCAGCAGCCCAUGUGCUCCUCGCCGCCAGAGAUCCAGGGCAAUGCCCUGCGCGACUUCCCAGACUCCAUACUGUUCGAGUACUUCACCUGCCAAAAGCCCAAAAUAAGGGACCGAAAGCUGCAGCACAUAACGGCCCGUGAGGGGCAGUCCGUCUCCUUCCUCUGCCGAGCCGACGGCGAGCCCAUGCCCUCCAUUGUCUGGGUCUCUCCUCAGCACAGGAUGAUCACGACCAAAAGCACAGGGCGAGCAACAGUCCUCCCUGGGGGCACGCUAGAAAUCCGAUUUGCCCAAGUCCAAGACAGCGGCACAUACAUAUGCAUCGCUAGCAAUGCGGGGGGCAACGACACCUACUUCGCCACCCUGACGGUGAAGGGGCACCCAGCUGACAGCUCUUUGUAUGCAAACCGGACUUUGUACCUCAGCGAGUUCAAUGACACCUUCCACAACGACACGCAGGUCUUCUUGAAGUUUACACUGGACCUCAAAACCAUCUUGGUGUCCACUGCCAUGGGCUGCAUCACCUUCCUGGGCGUGGUGCUCUUCUGCUUCCUGCUCCUCUUUGUCUGGAGCCGGGGUCGGGGGCAACACAAGAACAACUUCUCCGUGGAGUACUCCUUCCGCAAAGUGGAUGGUCCCACCACCACCACCGGGCAGGGAGGCGCCAGGAAGUUCAACAUGAAGAUGAUCUGAGUGCCUCUGGGAGAGGGGAAUUGCUUGUCCACCGCUGCCAGCCACCAACGUGGCCAGCCCAGGAUGGGGAGGGGGGAGGGAGGCAUCGGAGCAUCCUUUGUUUUCCAGUGACGGCUUCAUUUCCUCAGGCGGGUCCUUCUCCUGAGGACCGAGGCAGCAGGACUCACAGAGGGACCCGCUUCUGCUGGGACGCUGGCUCAGGUCCACACAAGGGCUCAGAAGCAAACGGGAAGAAGAAGUGAUUCACUUCCCCGGCCUUGCCACAAAACUGGAUUGAGCACCGCCGGAGGUCCGGGUGCCUGCUCCUGCAGCUUAGCUCCUUUUCUGAGCACACCCCAUUCUCCGUGAGCUCAUGGACCCCCACUCCUCCACGCCGGAGAGGGCAGAAGGGGCUUGAGGAGGUGCCCCCCGAGCCCCGCGGCUGUGGAGGCCUCCUGAUGUAGCUGACCUUUUUUUGUAUCAACUAUGCAUUUCUCCGACGGCAAGGCGAGCAGCGUUGGGGCCUGGAGAACCUGCUUCCCUUUUUUUUUAAGAGACAAUCUUGGACCCUUUCUCGGUUGUUGUUUUAUGGCUCAUUUUUAAAUGUUUUUUUUAACAAAUUUCCAACUGAAGUCUUCCUGUGCAACCAUGGACGUGGGCACAGCGGGGAGAGGGCUGCUGCCACGCCAGCCCACGCACUGGCCUGGGAAGCGAGAGCAGGCGCGGGGCCGCACCGGGGAGCUGCUGUGCCUUGGAAGAGUUCUUUCUAGCAUUUUUAAUAAGGGGCAUCUGUGAAUACAAGCAAUAAUAGCCCGACUCUGCAGUUCCUCCCAGGCACACGGUUCUGUGCAAAUGUCAGUGCCAUGACGUGGCUCUGUCCUGCAUUACGUGAGAGGGUUCAGGUGCUAGAAGCUAAAAGAAAUAAGGCAACAGCCGCGGGGUCUAGAGUCAGUAGGAAGAGAUGUAGCUGGGGGAGAGGGACAGGCCAGGUCUCCAAGCCCCCACCAUGUGCUCACCCAGUGCUCGUGUAUUGUCAAGAUGGGCCUGGCAGCGAGGCCCCCAAGCUACAUCUGGCUCAUUCAUGCCCUUGCAGGGGCCACCAGCUGCUGGGCCCCUGACAGGGACAGGCACAGUGGAGACAGAUUAAGGAGGGGUGGAUCAAGCCUGUGUCUCAAUGGGGUGAAGGGAAUCCCUGCUUCAAACAGUCACUGGGUAUUGAGAGGGUCUCGUGGCCGCUGGCCUCUCUGCUCUCCCCACUCUCGCCAUUCCCCCUCCUUCCCCAGAAGGGCUCUCAGCCAAGGCAGCUCAAAGCCUCGUGCUAAGCAGAGCGGACCCUGCCUGGCCCGAGUUGGAUCUCGUGACGUGAAGCAAGAGGCUGGAGCUGGUUCAGUAAAUCUCACGCUGCCUAUAGCCAAGCGCUGCCCUGCUCCAGGAGAGCAGAGCCCACUAGGCUGGGCCUGGAAGGGAGCAGUGGAGCAGGGUGGAGCUGCAGCUCUUCUCCCCAUCAGCGGCUGAGCAGAAGGGGAGGGAAGUUUGCACUACCAGCGACGGAAAAGUUAUGGGAUCCCCGUUCCUGCUCCUUGCAGCAAAGCAAGGAGAGGUGCGAGGUGGAUCCAAGCCUACAGCCCCCCCACCCCAAGAAAACGGGGAAUGUUCUGUCCGGCAGUGAAUCAAACUGGCCUUCUGAUGGCACGUGUAUUGUCAUGGCAAGCACGUGUGUAAAUUAGGCGAGCAUUUACACUUGCACUAGUGUGCGUGCAAAGUUUGGGGGCAGUCCGGAGAGCCGGGCCAGCAUAGAGGGAACCCUUGUGAACCAAAAGAGUGGCGCAGGUCGCAAAAGCAAGGAUGACCCUGGCCAGGACAGCGAGCCUGACCCCUAAAGAAAGCGGUCCCUUCCCCCUUACUCAGCAUCUCCGAUUCCUUUGCAUCGAGGCAGUCUCUGCUUCGCCCAGCCAGCACCGUGCUUUGCUUUUCAAGGUCUGCAGGGCCCGCAGAGACCCUCUAGACAGUGGAAAAACAGGGCCAGAUGGUCUUGUGCCUGUGGGGCAGUAAUAAGGUUGGAAAAUAAACAGAUACUUAACCAAUGUCAAAGCAAAGGCUCCUGCCCUCCUCUCGCCCAAGGCCGCCACAGAGGAGCAAGAAGAGAGCCCUUCAGCACAGCAAGUUCACCCCGCUUUGGCCAUCUCCAUCAGCCCUGCUGCCCGCUGUCACCGAGGGAACAGAGGUUUGGUGUGUGUGUGUGUGUGUGUGGAUGUGGGUGUGCACGCGUGACCGUGCAUGCGU